AUGCUGCAGCAGGUGUCAACCGAGUCGCUCCCGCUUCUCCCCGUCCAAACCAAGAACUGCGGCGUACUGAAUGUGUACGUCCAGGGGAACCUUGAGGAACGCAAUGGAAAGACUAUCAUCCUUACCGUCCACGACGUUGGAACGAACCACAAAUCGUUCAUCCGUUUCGUCAACCACCCAUCGAUGUCCGAUGUGAAGGCCAAGGCUAUUUUCCUGCACGUCUGCAUCCCAGGCCAAGAGGAUCAUUCGGCCGAAUACAUUGGAGACUUCCCGACUCUGGCUCAGAUUGGCGAGGACCUGGCGGCCAUUCUCGACAAAAUCGAGGUCCAAUCCUGCAUCGCAUUCGGCGAGGGCGCGGGUGCCAACAUUGUCUCCCGAUUUGCGAUGGAAUACCCGAACCGCAUUAUGGCCAUUAUUUUGGUCCAUUGCACCUCGACUACGGCUGGAAUCCUUGAGUAUUGCAAGGAUAAGAUUAUGAACGUGCGUCUGGAGAGCGGCGUGAUGUCGGAUGGAGCGUGGGAUGUCCUAGCUGCCCACAAAUUCGGAUCGAACGAACGCGACAAACAGGAAUACAUCGACUCCCUGAAGAGCACCCUGAAUGUCAAGAAUCUCAGCAAAUAUUUGCUCGCCUUCUCAAAGCGCACAGACAUCUCUUCCCUGCUGGGAACUAAGCUGGACACUGUGGAUGCGCUGCUCGUUUCGGGUGGAAAGGCCAGCCAUUUGCAGUCGGUAUACACGACUCAUAAGAAUAUGAAUCGCAAGAAGACGACUUUAUUGGUUGUUGACAAUGUGUGCGAUGUGAUGAGCGAGGCUCCUGACAACUUGGCUCGCUCAUUGAUCCUGCUCUGCAAGGGAUGCGGAAUGCUCAGCGGUGUUGCUAUUCCUGGCAUGGAACGUCAGCGGACCCUCAGCAGCUCGAUGGAAGAAGCCGAUCGCCCGCGACGCCUCUCCGUCACCAACCCCACCCAUCAGCCAAUUGCUUCCCCGCAG